AUGGACGGUUUACCGGAUCCUCCCACUCUGCCGCCAUCUUAUGAAAUCGAAGCCUCUGUCAAAGCGCUCGGUCUGCCCAAACCCCAACAAUUUCAGAUACUCCAAGAAGUGGACGCAGUUAUGGGGCGAUUGACUGCUAGUCUCCUCGGCAUUGUGGACGAUUCAUGCGACAUUUUAGCUCUUUCUUCGGCUAUUCGCUAUGGCUGCACCGAAGCUGCUGCAGUCAUCAGCCAAAGUGGCGCUCCUCAGUCUGAGCAUGAGCUAGACCACUUGAUCUAUGAGUCUCGGGGCAAAAUAAUCAACUCUGUGACUGCGGCUGCAAGUAUUGUCCCCCUUGGGAAACAGGUGGAAGUGGCUGUUGCCGCGGCUGCUGCUAUCACAGAGGUAUCGUAUAAUACGCUCCGGAAAACUCAAGAGAAGGGGCGCAUUUUCUGCGGCUUCAUGUUUGGCGGGCCAAGCGCAUAG